UUGCUUGACCAGACGCAUAUCUCAUCCACUCCCUGGCUCCAUUUACAGAGCACGCAUAUUUACAGAGAUGGCUCCAUUUUUACAAAACUAUCAUUCAUUAUGAAGAGGAUUUGGUUUUUGUUUCUGAUCGUGCAUUCUCUAUUGCAACUGCUCUUUUAGAAUGUUAUUCUCUUGCUCACCAUGGAAUUUGUAUCUUCCAUAUUUUCUAUUGCAAGUUGCAACUGAAUUUGCUCACUAUAGAAUUCACAUCUUCCACUUUGAGAAGAAUGUCCAAGAGAAGUAUAAGAGUUCAACACUUAUAUCAUUGGUUGUAGAGGCUGCUUAUGCCUACACCAAAGAUGAUUUUGACUAUUAUUUUCAUGAGAUUCAAAAGUUUGACACUGAAGUUCCAGAAUAUCUUCUUAAAGCAAAUAUCAAGAAGUGGUUACGGGCUUAUGCUUAUCCUAAUUGCUACUACAUCAUGACAUCCAACUUGGCUGAAACUAUUAAUUCUAUGCUGAAACUGAGUACUCGUGACUAACCGAUUGUAUGCUUUUGACACUAUUAGAUUGAUUACAAGUAGAAGGUUCACUGAAUGCCACGAGAAAGAGAGUUCGUUAUAUCCACCAUGUCACUUCAGAAAUGAAGAAAAAGAACUUAUAUGAUCAUAAGUUCUGUUGGCUCAAAGUUUCCAAAAUCAAUGAUCCAGAGUUUGAGGUUAAAGGAGAUACAUGAGAUCAAGUGAUGAAUUUUGCAAAAGGCAUUGUUCAUGCUUUGUGCAUGAUGUUGAGAAGUUUCUUUUUCGUUUCUCUGUUCAUGUUAUUGCCGCUGCAAAAGCUGGAAAUCAUUUCUACUAAAUAUAUGAAAAAUAAAUAAAAUAUCUCAAUAUUACUAAUUAUAAACUAUUUUUAGUCAAUUUAACAUAUAUCAGUUUAUGUUACUUAAUUAUUUUAUGUAAUCAUCUAAUAAAAUAGAUAGAUAUAUAAAAAAUAUUUAUGUUACUUUGAAUUUUUUUUGUAUUGUUUAAAAUUAUGUUUUAAAAGAAAUAUUAUUUAUUUUUCUAAUAUCAAGAUUAUCAGUGUAAAUUGGUUUUAAUGAAUUCACAUUAUAUACACAUUUAUAUUUUCAUCUAAGAAAAUAUAGAUAUAAAGAAAGUAUUUUAUUACUUCAAAAGUAUAUUUUAUGUUAUUUAAAAAUAUUUUUUAAAUGUAAUAUUACUAUUUUGUGAACUUUCCCUUUUUUCAUGAAAUUAUAUUAUAUAUACAUAUAUUUUCAUUUUUCAAUUCAUUUUUUUACUUUAUAAUAAUUUUCCUUUUUAUUAUAUGUAUAUGCUUUUUGGAAAAUUUUAAAAAGGAAAUUAAAUUAAAAAAAUAAUAGUAUUUUAAAUGUAAACUAAUUCAUUAAAGAUAUUAGUGUAAUCAACCAUCGUGAAAGUUAACGUGAGAGUGACACAUAAGAAACUGAGUUCUCAAAUAAUAUCAUAGAGAUUUAAAAUAUGAAAACUUUACAAAUACCAAGCCUUGGUUUCGUGUCACCUUCAGUUUCAUGUGACUUCUCAGUUUCCUAUUACAAGUUAUAAGAAUAUGAAUCUUCCGUUAUUUUCAACACAAUACAAAUAUAUAAAAUAGUUUACCUUCUCGGAUUUUUUACGAAUGUUCAAAAGAUCUUCAUGGUACUUCACUCUUCAUUCCAAAAGUGAUACCCUCCAAGUAAGGAAUUCAGUCUUCUCUGCAGUUAAAUCACUGCCAUGAGCAUAAUUCUCUUUAUUCACUUCAACAAUAAUGUUGAUACUUCCAUUAAGCCAAUCAUGUCUCUUCAAAUGAUAUCCUCUUUUGCAAGAUAAAAAAUCUUCUAAAUUGAAUGUUAACAUCUUCAACCGAAUUGUUAUGCAAUUAGAGAUUUUCAAGGACACUUUUGACAACAUUCUGUCCAAUAUUAGCAUUAUUAAACAAUCCACAAAGAAGAACGCAAAGAUUAAAAUAAUUUUAUAGAACUAUAUAAACAUUAUUACCUUUUGGUUCCUAUCAACAUUGGUUACCUAUUCCAUAGUAGGUGAUUCCUAUGCAACGCAAGCAUAAUGUAAACUUUUCUUCAUCAUCUCCAUCACCAAACAAUGUGCCUAGUUGAUUGACAUAAGAUAAUGCUCAUAACUGAAUUGCAUAUAUAAACCCAGAAAUCUUAUAUUGGUUUUUCUCCAACACUUCAGAGGUAAUCUUCUUCAUUUCAUUGUGUAAAAAAUCAAAGACCAAUUUUUUUAGGAAUACUUGCAAAACUCUUAGAAAUUUCUAGCUCUAAGAAGGUGCUCUACUGCUAUAUGAGUCACUAGAUUACUGGCUAUAAAUAUCUUUUCCACAAGGAUUAUAGCCCCUAAUCGCAGUCUCUAGUUAGCAGUAAAAGUUAAGUUGUUUUUUUUCUUAAGUAGAUCAAGCAAGGUCUUCACAGAGUGAUUCUUCUUCAUUCAUGAACGAAUUAAAAUAAACAGAAAACCACGAUCUAAAGCCAAACUAUGGAGACCAUUCAAAACAACCCACAAGCAAAACGAGUUGAUGACCAAAGAAACAGACGACCAAGACAAAAGAGAAACCAACAAAAAUCACUAAGAAGUCGUAUUUAAAUCAUAUUAGUAUUAGGAAAUGUCAUAUUAUUAAGCUGCAAAUAAAACAUUCAGUAGCGCAAUUCCAAAUCCUUGUUGACAUGCAAAGAGUCGUGACAAGCCAGUAUUUGAAUGUUUUGAGACGUCAGUCAAAUAUGACAUACUAUAACGAAGCUAUCAGCACCUAUAAAUUCAACCUGAGAUCUUGUCGCCUUCCACAACAAAAUCACAUUUCUUUCCAAAAAAAAGAAAAGUCAUAACCAACACAAGUCAAUCUAUCUUUCUCUUCCUCUUCCUCCGGAAAUGUCGGACUCGAGCAGAUCGUUGAUCCCGAGCUUCCUCUACUCUUCCGACCAUCGUCUGUUUCAGCUGCAUGAGCCAGCGAUGAACAUGACGCAACGCAAAGCACAGCCGUCGAGGUCGCUGAAGACUUCUUCAGUCUCAUCGAACGGUCCAAGUUUUGCGAUUCCCGCGCCGAAUGAGAAAGUAGAAUUGUACUCUCCGGCGUAUUUCGCGGCGUGUACAGUCGGCGGGAUGCUGAGCUGCGGCGUCACCCACACGGCCGUUACGCCACUCGAUGUCCUGAAAUGUAAUAUGCAGAUUGAUCCAUCCAAGUACAAGAACAUAACUUCUGCUUUCAAGACAACAAUCAAAGAGCAAGGUCUCAAGGGUUUCACCAGAGGCUGGUCGCCAACUCUUAUAGGGUACAGUGCUCAGGGAGCUUUUAAAUACGGUCUGUAUGAGUACGCCAAGAAAUACUACUCAGACAUCGUUGGACCAGAAAACGCAGCCAAAUACAAGACCCUCAUUUACCUAGCUGGCUCGGCCUCUGCGGAGAUCGUCGCAGAUGUGGCUCUCUGUCCAAUGGAAGCUGUCAAAGUCAGGGUCCAGACUCAGCCUGGUUUCGCCCGCGGUUUAUCUGAUGGUCUACCAAAGAUCAUUAGAUCAGAAGGCGUUCGAGGGUUGUUCAAAGGGCUUGUUCCUCUAUGGGGACGCCAGAUUCCAUAUACCAUGAUGAAAUUUGCUACUUUUGAGAACACUGUGGAGCUCAUAUACAAGAAAGUGAUUCCUACCCCAAAGGAAGAGUGCUCAGAGCCAGUUCAGCUAGGAGUUAGCUUCGCCGGUGGAUACAUUGCUGGAAUUUUCUGCGCUGUUAUCUCACAUCCUGCAGAUAACUUGGUCUCUUUCCUCAAUAACUCUAAAGGAGCAACUGUUAGUGAUGCAGUAAAGAGGCUAGGGUUAUUGGGUAUGUUUACUCGUGGACUUCCUCUUCGCAUUUUCAUGAUAGGAACACUUACUGGUGCUCAAUGGGUUAUCUAUGAUGCUGUCAAAGUUUUAGCUGGAUUGCCAACCACUGGUGGUGCUUCUCCAGCUACUGCGCUUGCUCCAGCUGUAAGUGCAUAAGGUUACAAAGACAUUCCUUGCAAAGCCAGACACGUUAAAGCAAUAAAAGGGAAGCAAUUGUUGUUAUUCUUAUUUUUGCCUAUUGCCUUGUAACCAAAAGUGUGUUCCCUACAACUAGUUGUUCUGCUUGUGCACUUUAAAUGGAUUUUAUUGUUAGAAUACUUUUUGUUUUGCUUGAUUGGACACUAUAAGAGCGAAAAAACUCUGUAAUCAUACGUAAUAAUCAACAAUUUUUGUUCUCUCUUCA